CCUCAACACCCACCCACGUGCGUUAAUCACUCGCACCCACCUCAAAAAUCAAAACUCACGCGCCCCUUGAGAGUCGAAACAACUCUCCCCAUUCCUUCUCUCCUCCAUCUCCACGACCACUCUCCGUUCGAUUUGUCAACCAGCCCACAGUCCCACUACUUCCCAUUUUGGUAUUCUACUCUUCCGGUGUACCCAAGAGCCCUCUAUGUGACGAUUCCUCUGUUUUGUCUGGUGCGAACCCACGAGCCCUCUCUGUGCGGACUGAAGUGACGACGACUCACAGAAAUUGUGCGAACCCCACUGACAGCGAUGGCAGAGAGCAAUCUCCGUACGAGGUAGGUUUUGAAGUGAUGAGGACUCACAAGUCACAACUGGAUUUGAAAUAUGCAAAUGAUGGUUUCAUUAAUUUGUGGCACUUAAUGUAUGAAAACCAUUCAUUGUGUCCCUAUGAGUUGUCUGUGAGGUGGUUUAAAGUAUGUGAAUAUGUCAUAAGUAUUGUUUGUGAAUCAACAUUUUGUAUAUGAUAUAGUGUAAUUCCCUUGUUGAUGUUUAUAAGUUGUCCGUGGGGUGGACCAAAGUUCAUUUGGAUUGUUAAUUAUUGUCUGUGAAUCAAUAUUUUGUCUAUGAUAUAGUAUAAUUCCUUUGUAGAUGUUUAUAAUUUGUCUGUGAGGUGGUUUAAAGUUCAUUUGGAGUGUUAAUUAUUGUCUGUGAAUCAAUAUUUUGUCUAUGAUAUAAUGUAAUCCUUCGUUGAUGUUUAUAAUUAAAUUGUCUGUGGGGUGAUUAGUAUGAUGAAAACGGUAAGUCUCAGUGACUCCGGUGUUAUGUUACCCACGGCUACAUCGGCUUCUACAGUCUCACAGGCUCCUACAACACAAUUGACAACAUCUGCUCCUUCUGCUUCUAUCCCUACAUCAUUAAAGCCAUCAUCAUCCAAGAAGAAAUCAUUAAAGAGAAAAGCACAUCAAGCUUCAUCUGUAAAAGUCAGAGGUCCAUCUGCUGCUGAUUUGUUGGUGCUUGAGUGGGUUGAACAGAACGAGAAAGAUAAUCUACAUGGGAUUAGCAAUGAAGAAGCUCUCACCAAGCUGAACUACAUUCGAGAAGUAAAGAAAAAAACUGCUGAAGAGCUUAUGGAGCUGGAACUUGAAGAAUUUGUUCAAGGUGAAUUCUACGACGAUCCUCUACCUGGUCUGAAUCAAGUCAAAAAGCUGAUCAAGAGACGCCCCAAGGAAUCUAGAAUGGAAUACAAGUUUGAGACGCCUUGGGAGAACGUCACAAUCGUUGUUCCAUUUCAAGAAGAUCUGAGACCGAGGAUUUGGAGAAGCGAAAAGAAUAUCAAGAAGAUUGACGAGCAUGAGCUAAGAGGACUUGAACACUUAAAAGGAACUGCAGCCUCCGGACACAUUUGGAUGCUAAGGAACAUGUCAGCUGAUCAGAAUGACCCAUUUGGACACCGUGAGCGAUUGAAGAAACAUUCUGAUUCAAUGAUCAUUGGAAUCAAAUCUGUAGAAAUCCAUAAUUGUGGCUCCGUGAGAUAUCCAGUGAUAGAGUUUGAAAGACAGAACGGUGUGAUUCAAAGAGUUUCAGAAGUUGAUUUAUAUCAUGUCGUCCUGAAAGAUCUUAUACAGCUACUCUUUGAAUAUAUACCGAAACAUUAGACUGAAGGAUGUUCCGCAAAAGGACAGAGAACUUGAUCUCAAUGCCAUCAAGAGAUUCAUGAUGCGACAAGUCAAAUACUAUUCUUUGUUUGAUCUGCAAAUGGCAAUUGAGAGCAACUUCAACAAGGUGAAUCUUACAGCUUCGAGAAACAAAGCACCUUGGAUUGAAAAUUUUGAAGAAGGCUCAAUCACCACGUGUCCAGAGACUAGUAUCAUAUACAAGAACUACAAAGGAGAAAAGCGUAUCUUGUUCCUGAAUGAAAUCCAUAAAUAUUGUGAUGGAACGCUCCGCAUUGUAGAAGAACAUCUGGAAGAAAUCUGAGCUGAAAUUGAACUCAGAGAAUCCAGAAGACAUGAUCCAGAUUGCUCUUAUUGGUGAUUUUGCAGAAGCCAUUAGUAUCCGACUCGACUUCAGAAGAACCCUUCAUCAUUAUGAAGUGAUACUUGGCUACAGAAAGUCACCAUACAAGAAUCAGAGAUAACUUGCACGACAUUGAAAUUUGAACACAAAGGGGGAGAAUGUUAGAUCAUUAAUUUAUUGUGUUCAAAAUUAAUUGUAAUUUAUUUAAUGAGUCUUUGUAAUUAGCUGAAUUAGUUGAGAGAGAAUUAGGCCUGAAAUAAUUGCUUUACAUAGCCCAAACGCACGGCCCAAUUGCUUCCUAACUGUAAUAGGGUGUCUCGACCUCUCUCCUAUAAAUACAGGCUGAGAUGACUCGAAACAGCUCUAAGUCUCUACACAUUCUGUUCCGCAUAUUAUUUUCGUAGAGCACCUAGACUAGAAUUAUUCUCUCUCAACAUUCUGUGUAUUUUUCAUCAUUGUAUCAGCAUUCUGAAUAUACGGUAUAUGUUGAUGUUGAAUUUCUC